CCUCAGUUUGACUCGAGCUGCUGGGAGGACCGGUCAUCGUCGGCUUAUACUCGGCUUACUGCCCGCGGGAAUCGAGGCCCAUAGAGCAGAGAGACCCGAGGAGCGGAAUCCUGGAGCACCGACGUGAGAAGGUCGCAUCGUACACACGCGACCUCGCCGGAGGCCAAUAACACCCGGCGGAGGGAGGGCUUCAGAGCGUCCGGGACCCCAGGCGGGACGUGAGCUGACAGCUGUCGUUGCGCGGACCUCGAGAGAAGGGGUCGAACGAUUGACGAUUGAGAACUCGAAGAGAGAAGAACUGCGACAGCAAGAAGCGGCAAGAUGCACGAGUUCUACCCUAGGGAUUACACGGACCAAGAAUCGGAGGUCGAUGAUUGGAUCCCCGUGUACACGCUGACCCGCCACUGGAAAGAGGAGCUGUCGCUCGACAAGCCCGAGAACAAGGCAGUGAAGAAGGCACAUCGCACGCUGAGACCGGCGCGCAGGGCCUCCGGUCUACACGUCAUCAACCCGGACCCGAAAUAUGGCGACAACAUGGACACCCGGGUCGUUGACAUCAACACGUUCCUCGAAGUUAAACUCCUCUACAGACCGGGCGGGUCACGGAUAUUCUUUACAAAAAAAGAUAAGCAGGUGCUUACUCUGGAAUUUAAGGACUACAAUGCCAAGACAGAGGCAAGCCGUUAUGACCAGCCGGAGCCUGACCUAGCACUCUUGGUGAAGUACAUCGCCAGCUACGACAAGCCAAUGGAGGUUGAGGUGGAUCGUAAAGUAUUCAAGCCAGAAGAGCUGCACACCUACGCCUUCCACUUACGCCAGAAAGCGUCCCACGUCAAGAUUAGUGUGAACGAUGUGGAUUGUGCAUCAGUGCGGCUUGGUGACCCUCUGACUGACGCUAAUUUCUCGACCACUGAGGGUGUAGAGGUGAAAGCGGUGCAUCAUCCUACCAGACUGGCAAAGCCCUACAAGGCGAAGAUCGAACCACAUCUUGAUGUCGGGGACAGAAUUGUCCUUUUUGGCAUUUUUAAAGACGAUAAAAAGUCCGACCGCAAGAAAUUGCUCAGUAUAGGCAAGACUGUGGUUCCUUGGCCUGAUGACGUUAAAUAUGACAAGAAGACCCGCGUUACCGUCCAGAGAUACAAGAACCAACUUGUAGUGUACAACCACACCACACCCUUCUUCAAGUCACGAAAAAUGGGCAACGAAUAUUUGUCUGGGGACCUGGAAGUUGACCUUGCAUUUCCUGUGGAUGGGUUCUGGAUUGAACGACUGAAGCUUCCUUGAAUCAACAUCCUGGGUCAACGCUCGUCAUGACAGCAAAACUUUUUUUUUGCAUUCUUUCUCUUUCUUCUCUCUCUUUUUCUCACUUACAUGGUUGUGGGACAUUUCUUCUACUCUCAACCUCUUUCGUGUCUCCUUCUUUUUCGGUAUUCAGCAAAUAAAGAGGGCUCCCUCCAACCUGACUGCAAUUUAAUGAGAAGCAAAAUGGCAUAGUGGAAGUCUCUCUACAUCCCUUGGCAACAUUAGGUUAAUUCAAUAAAAGAGUAAUUUCCUCUG